AUGGGCGACAUAAAUAACCCAGAGCCCGUGGCAGAAAGAAUCUCGCGGUUAGACCUUGACUACAGAAUCGGACAUUGUCGCUUGGCUGAACCUGGGGAGGUGCCAACCCAGAAGGAGGCGAAGGCAAUCAUCGACAGACUCUACGAAUCCGGUGUGCCCUUUUUCACCAAGGAAUUAAUUCAAGACAUGUGGGAUCAGAUCAAGCAAGACCCAGUCCAUGGUGACAAAAUACUUACCAAAGACAUAACCGGCGCGGUUGUUGAGUGUGAUGUUGAGACAGGGAAGGUUCGGCAAUGGCGGGUGGAUGAUAUGGAAUUGGAAUAUGUGUGCAAGGAACUGGUCCUCAGUUAUCAGUGCCGAGCAUCUCUCAGAAGGGAGCUUGACUGGGAAGAUUACACGUUCCAGCACUGGGAGCCCUGCUCAGUCAAUAUUAUGCAUCGGACACACGAAUGGGAUAGGAAGUCUGAGAAAACCAUCCCUCGGCGUGGCCCCCUGGGCCGUGAAGUGGUCAUAAAAACCUUCCAAGACAAGACCCAAGAAUGGAAAGAGAGCCCAGCUUGCGAAAAGCUCCAGACAAUUCUCUCAUCUUCUGCAAAAGAUCAUGAGAUCGACAAGGUCAUCGGUUUUGCUCUUGGCACGAUGUCGCGCGAAUGUAUCAAUGAGGAUGGCACUCUAAAUACUAGGAGUGCGUGGCGAUCUGCGUCUCAGCACGCGCUUCUCAUUACCAUGACGGAAUGGCUACAAGAAAGAGACCAUAAAGAGAAAGUCUUAUGUUACUCACAGGAUCCAGAAUAUAGCGAGGUAGACGAGAAGAUUCUGGAAGAGGCGGGCAUCGAGGUGAUUGAAGAUCCGCGCGGAUGGCUCGAGGUGGACGAGAACUCGAUCGUACUCUCGAUAGCACCGAAUGUGCCUGUCAAGGAGAUUAUUACGGACAUUGCUCGACCUGCGGUUAUUAUUUGGUGUCGAGUGGAGUUUAUGGAUGGACUUGUUCGCGGGUUAACCGAUCCUGACUCUUCGCGGGUGAGAGCAAUGAUGGAAGGUUAUGAGCUGUAUGAAUUUGGCCCUGAUAGCGAGCUGUUCUCGGAUAUUGCGCUCUAUAUCCGGAAGUCGGUGUCUGCCCCAACUCCUAGUUCCGAUAGAAGAUUUUCCUAG